AUGGCGAGUUCAAUAAUUUUAGCAGGUCUAGGCAUGGCAGCGGUAGGUUUCGCAGGUCGAUAUGUUAUGCGACAAAUGCCUAAUGCUUCUGUUAAAUUCGCUGAAGCUAUGAAAAACCUCCCUAAGUUUGAUACUGAAAGUUUGGCAAAUUCAAAAUAUUAUAAAGGUGGCUUUGAGCCUAAAAUGACUAAGAGAGAAGCUGCUCUAAUAUUAGGCGUUAGUCCUACAGCUAAUAAAUCUAAGGUA